GCUUUACAGCUUCAAAUGAAUUUUUUGCAGAAAUACAAAGCGAUGAACACGCGAGUGGAGCAUAAAUCGGGGGAGGAGUUGGUGAACAUAAUCAGCGAGAACGUCGGCAGGAUGCUCCGAAGGAAGAUGGAUGCGGUGACUUGCAUCCGGAUGGCGGCCGAGGAACACGCGGAGAAUUGGGAUAACAACGAGGAGGGGAACUUCACUUACGUUUCCGGGAAGUAUAGUCCAGUGACGAUGGACGAGAAGCCGCCACAGAUCCCGUCCAACAUGGAGAAAAACGUCGGCGCAUACAGAGUGAUAGAGUUAACGGCGGAUUCACAUUUCUACAACAUACCGGUGAAUACGAGUUUUUCGUCGGUGCAUAUACCUACAAACGUGUACGACAUGUCGCCAGCGGUGGCCGAGGAUAUUAAGAAAACCGAGAUCCUCGACGACACUUUCCGGCAAAACUACGAGUCAGAUCCGGCCUUGUCUUGGCAGUACUUCGGCUCUGUCACGGGAAUGUUGAGGCAAUAUCCUGCCAUGCAGUGGAGAACGGAUGCUAUGCAGAAUGAUGAAGAGAUAGGGCAAGAAGAAAAAAAGGAUAAGGAUGAUGGGGGUGAAGAAGAAGCUGACACUUACGACUGUAGAGUACGCAGUUGGUUCAUCGAAGCAGCGACCUGCAGCAAGGACAUGGUAAUCCUGAUGGAUACCAGCGGCAGCAUGACGGGCAUGGGGAAAACUAUUGCAAGGACCACUGUGAACGUAAUACUGGACACUCUUUCGAAUAACGACUUCGUGACUGUAUUGAGCUACACAAAUGAGACGUACGACGUGGUGCCUUGCUUCAAGGACAUGUUAAUCCAAGCCACUCCAGAGAACGUGGACACUUUCAAAAAAGCUAUAAUAGGUGUCAAAACAGAGGGUCUCGCUAAUCUCACAGAGGCAUUCUCCAGAGCCUUCAGUCUCCUAAGCACAUACAGGGAGACACGCGGAUGUGGUAUUAAUACACCGUGCAAUCAGCUAAUUAUGCUCGUCACCGACGGCGUUCCUGGAAAUCUGACAGAGGUAUUCAGAACGUGGAACUGGCGGGACAAUGACACUCACAUACCCGUACGAGUGUUCACGUAUCUUUUGGGAAAGGAAGUAACCAAAGUUCGCGAAAUCCAAUGGAUGGCCUGCCUAAAUCGCGGUUAUUACACGCACGUUCACACGCUGGAAGAGGUUCGGGAACAGGUGUUGAAAUAUAUACCCGUAGUCGCACGGCCCAUGGUUCUCCAGGAAGUAAUACACCCUGUCGUUUGGACUCAUGCUUAUGCAGACAUUACGAAUCCAGCACUCGCCACUUGGUUGUGGCUGGUGAUGCAGCACAAGGAGCAACGAUCACGGCUUCAGAAUCUUCUGAAAGGGAAACGUCUGGGCUUGCGAGUAAAUGAGGACGAUAUCUACAUACAGCAGCUCCACAAGGACGAGGACGUUCGACAGGACGCAUCCCUGUUGAAUACGACAGCUUGGCAGGAAUACAGGCUCCUAACGUCCGUCAGCACGCCGGUGUUCGACCGUAAAGGGAAUCGCAACAAUCGGACAAGAAUAGCGAAUUUAUUAGGUGUGGCAGGCACGGAUGUACCAAUUGACGACAUCCGAAAGCUCACGUUGCCAUACAAACUAGGCGUGAAUGGAUACGCCUUUAUCGUGUCCAACAAUGGAUACGUGAUACUGCAUCCGGACUUGAGACCCGUUUUCAAAGGCAAAUUGAAGCUGAAUUACAACAGCAUCGACCUCACAGAGGUGGAGAUCUUGGACGACGGUCGUGGCCCAAGAAACCCCGGGCCGGAGGUGUUGGAACUGCGAGCCGCGCUGGUCGACCACAAAAGGGGCAACCUGAAAGGGGUGCCGGUGAAAUUGCAUUACGACGACAACCGUCGGGUGACACUCGAAAGACGUGACUACUUCUACGCGCCUCUCCCAGGGACGCCGUUCGGCCUUGCGGUCGCUUUGCCCAACUACGGCACAACUUGGAUCAAGGUUGGAGACGAGAUCAGAAGGAAUCAGAAUUUGAACAUUAACAUCUCCGAGUUCUUCGUGGGCAACAACUGGCGAGUGCACCCCGGUUGGGUGUACUGUCGCUUUCAUUAUUUAGAGGGCCACGAGUCCGCCAAUCCGGAGGAAGAGGUGAGGUACUUUCUGGACUUGUUAAACAAGCCUGGCUGGCGUUGGUCUGAGCAGUACGAGGCCUAUCCCCUCAACGAAAACGAAAGCAACUAUACCCUCAACUGCGGUAGACAGACUUUGUCGCACGACGAUUACUACUGCAACAAGGAGCUGAUGCAGCUGUUGGUCUUCGACGCGAAAGCAACGAACGCCAGCUUCAACAGCGACUUUGUGCUGGACGAUCAGCGAGCGGAACGCUUGGCAAAAGAUUACGGUGUCUUCCUGAGAUUUGUCGCGACACAGAGCGGUUUAACCAGGUGGCAUUAUUUGGACACGAACAAACUACCGGAGGACAGCGACGACAUCGUUUUCGGUGACCUUCACAGGAGAGCUGUGAACGAGCCUUGGUACAAGGGUGCCAUUUUCCAAAAUAUUUUGGACCCUAACAGUAUAUCUCUGUCAGUACCCUGGGAAGCAGGGGCCGACGCAACGGUGACAGUGUCGAUCGGAUUAUUCCCAAAGGACGGCGGGAAAACCGCUCCAGCGGCGGUGAUUGGUUUUCAGAUGCCAAUGACGGAUCUCUAUAGAAAGUUUAUUCAGCUAACCUCCGCGCCAGCCAACUCGAGCGACCCGAUGAACUGCGCCCACGUUUGGAUAGAUUGUUACUUGCUCGAUCAGAAUGGCUUCGUCGUGAUAUCAGAAGCGCACAACGACACCGGCCAGUUCAUGGGAACGCAGGAGGGUGCCGUGAUGAAUUCCAUGGUCAACCAGGGUCUCUACAAUCCCGUCGACGUUUACGAUUAUCAAGCCUGGUGCGAGGAGGUUCGCAUCAACGACGCGGCCAGCUCACUGACGGAGCCGCUGAUGCACGCCUGGAAACUGUUGCUCUGGUUCCUGCUACGCGUGACGUGGUUCACGACCCAGUUCGUCAACUUGCCAGUCGGUUAUGCCAAAGUUCACUUCGACGAGGACGCUCCGGACCCGCCACCACCGCCUCGCCCUUACCUCUAUCAUUAUCCCUGCGAUCAGAAACGGGUGCUUUACAUGAUAAACAACACGAUCGCUGGCCAGGGUAUCACGAAUCAUUCGGACUAUUGCUCGAGGCCGUUCUACGCCCGUAGGGUCCCACAUACGAAUUUGUUAUUGGUAGUGGUCGACGCUAUAUACCCGAGCUGUUACAAAAGAUUAGUGGUGACACCGGUGAGAAUCUCGCCGCUGGAAUACACGAACGGCUCGGAGAGCGCUCCCUGUCAUAAAAUUCCGCUAAACGACCUUAAAAGGAGGCGCCUGGAGGGCUGUUUCACCGAGCAUCCCUUGGAGUACGAGAUCGAGAGCUGCGGAGGGGCAUCAGGACUGACUGUAUCUUUGUUAUUGCUCUCUACUGUUGUAGCUAGGAUCUUGUAUGCAUUUGUAUAAUUG